AUGGUAGUCGUAACCUUUUUGAAACAUCUACCUACUUCCGAGCUGGACGUCGAUCUUGAAGAGUAUGCCGAUAUAUGUCUAGGGUUGCUCGACAUACCCAUAAAAGGUGGACGGAUACAAUCCCUUCAUUGUCUGUUCUCCCUUUACCGAGAGUUCAAAAACUCUCAGCACUUCAAGAAUCUAGCUCAGAAUGCAAACAAAAAACGGGAAAAUAUCGAUCGGAUGGAGCUCUAA